UUUAAGAAUCUUCUAAUUGUUCUCCAGGUCCUUUGCUUUGUCGCUCUCGUAGCUUCUCUGGAGGUGGUUCUUGGACAUGGGCACGGGUUCUCGUCCCAGUACAUCCACCGUCAUGACGGUCCCGCCCAUGCGGUCCACGUUCACGGCCAUGAUGGUGGCCACGGACAUGGUCAUGGGCACGAUGGUGGCCAUGGACACGUUGACUACUAUGCCUACCCGAAAUACGAGUUCGGAUACAAAGUAGAGGACCCCCACACUGGUGACAUUAAGUCUCAGCACGAGCACCGCGACGGAGACGUCGUCAAGGGCUACUACGCUCUGCACCAACCCGAUGGUUCCGUCAGACAUGUUGACUACCACGGUGACAAGCACUCUGGCUUCCACGCUGACGUUAAGCACAGCACCCACCACAUCAUUAUCCUAAUUGCUACUGUCAUCGCAGUACUUGCCGCGGAACCACAACAUGGUCAUUACCACGACCACCACCAAGGUCACGCCUCCUCAUCACAGAGUCUCCACCAGCACCACUCACAUGAGACCGAAAAACACAGUCACCCUAAGUACGAGUUCUCUUACCAAGUAAAGGACCCCCACACACACGACAUUAAGUCCCAGCACGAGACACGCGACGGUCACGUCGUGCACGGCGAGUACAGCCUGCACCAGCCCGACGGCAGGGUCAGGACUGUCAAGUACCACGCUGACCACAAGAGUGGGUGAGUUUAAAUUCCAAAAUCAUAAUAAUACG